AUGCCGGUACCUAAGCUCAAGGAAGCUCUAAAGCGUCACAAGGGUGUGGAUCACAAGCUUGAGCGCCAGAAGAAGCUACAAAAAGAGGCGGAGAAGAAGAAGCGCGCGAAGAAAGCGAACACAGUCGAUGUGGAUGCGCUCGAGGCCGGCGCAGCAAUUGACGAGGAGAACGAGGCACAAAAACUUGCUGCACCUCGAGCGGAGCUGAAGCGGGAAAAGAAGGCUGCAAAGAUUGCGCAGCAGGCACAGAAGACCAACGGAGAGGCGGAUGGCUGGGAGACGGAUGAGAGUGAAGAGGACGACGACGAGGAGGAUGCAGACGAGGGCGCAGAGAUAGAGCCUGCCAUGGAGGACGAGUCUGACUCGGAUUCUGAGGAGGAGUUCACCAACGGCAACGAGGAGGACGACGAAGACAUACCACUCUCGGACAUUGAAUCGCUCGCCUCGGAGGACCGCGCAGACGUCAUUCCCCACCAGAGAUUAACCAUCAACAACACCGCAGCACUCACACGAUCGUUGAAGUCUUUCGCGCUACCCUCGACACUCCCAUUCUCCGCAGUACAAUCUGUGACUUCCGCCGAACCUGUCCAGAUUGCCGAUGUUGACGAUGAUCUGAACCGUGAGCUCGCGUUCUACAGACAAUCACUCGAUGCAGUCACAGAAGCCCGAGCUCAGCUUAAGAAGGAAGGCGUGCCGUUCACUCGGCCGACAGACUACUUUGCGGAAAUGGUCAAGUCGGAGGAGCAGAUGGGCAAGGUGCGAUCGAAGCUGCUCGACGAGACUGCGAGAAAGAAGGCCAGCGCAGACGCAAGACGGCAGAGGGAUCUCAAGAAGUUUGGAAAGGCAGUGCAGGUUGCGAAGCUGCAGGAGAGACAGAAGGAGAAGACUGCUACGUUGGACCGUAUUCAAACGCUCAAGCGAAAACGCCAGGGUGCAGACCUCACUGCCAACGAGGACGACACAUUCGACGUCGCUGUCGAGGACGCAGAUGUCACGGCCAAGGCAGAUCGGGCAACACGGAGAGCAAAGGGAGCAGCAGACGGCAACAACAGGAAGCGCCAGAAGAAGGACGAGAAGUUUGGAUUUGGUGGCAAGAAGAGGUUCUCGAAGAGCAACGAUGCGAAGUCUUCCGCCGAUGCUGGAGGAUAUUCAGUCAGGAAGAUGAAGGGUGGUGGCAAGCCCAGACCGGGCAAGAGCAAGCGCGCGAGAACGUGA